AUGGAAUAUUUGAAAUCUUGAUAGUCUGUUAAAUAAAAAGCAUCCUUUUAAAAAUUUGCUUUUAAGAGUAUCAGUCUCAAUAUUCUCCCACCUUUAUACAGCAUUUGCAUUUUCCUUGUUACCUUUUGUUGCCUAUUUUUCUAUUUUUUUAAAAAAAUACAGGUUUUUAGAAAACCUCACUCAGUGGACCUUUAUCAAGGGUCUAACACCUUCUAGGUAUUGUUUGAGGUGCUGGACGUGGAGUUGUGAACAAGACAGGAAAUUCCUGAAGUCAUAGUUCUUUUCUUCUGGAGGGGAUGCAGUUCAGAAAAAAACAUAAAAAAAAAAUCAAAACAAAAUUUCUAGUAUCUCCCUUUUUUAACUUGCAAACAUUUUUCUCCCAGAAGAAUGGGAUUGUCUUAUAAUUUUGCUUUUAUUUUCCUAUAUGGAGUUUUUGGAUGUGUUUUGGUAGUCAGACCUGUUGAUCUUUUUUUUUUUGUAGUAGCUUUAAAACUUGUAGCUAGUUAUUUCUUGUCUGUUUUCCUUGAUAAAUUGACAACAACACUAGGAUGGAGGCUGUUUCUUGCUUAUUCUUGAAGAUAAUGUAUUGUUUAAGAUCUUUAGUUUCUGAAUCCUUCUACUACUUACUCUGACUUUCCUCAAGCAGCCUAACCUUUCUGAGCCGUAGUCAUCUCUUCUUUAAAAUGGAAAGAGUACCUUUCUCUUCUCUGGUUUCUCACAAUCAUGAGAAAAGUAUUUAGAACAUCUGGCACAUAAUAUGUGCUCAGAUAAUAUCUGUCAUGAACACCAUUCCUGGAUACUCAUUUUCAUAGAUAGACAAACUAAUUAUUUGAAGGAGUGAAUAUACAUUAAGGAUAUUUGUGCCUGCUUCCAAAUUCCCAUUGAUUUGGAGCCCUCUUGAAAUGAAUGGAGAUGCCUGACAAAUAUUCAUCAAGUUCCCUUUGGGGAGCUUUUUGCUGACCAGGGAAUCAAAUCAGAUAGUAGUACAGAGAAUAAAAGAGGGAAGGCAGGAUCUGCUUCCCUCUUUGGGGGAGCAGAUUCUUUGAUGAGUACUCAGAGAAGUCAUUUCUGUAGAGAUGAUAUUUUAAGCCAGUGCCUGAAGGAGGAAGAGAAGUGUGUGGAAAGAUCCACAGGCAGAGGAAGUUGGUAUAGUUUAAGAAUUGUGUGAGAAUACUAGAUUGAAGACAGUAUUGCUAGGAUAUAAUGAGGGAGAAGGCAUAGGGUAUGAGAACAAUUAUGCUGGUUGUUAUGUAGCAGAACAACAGUGAAAGCAAAAAGAACCCUGGGGACAUCAUUGUAUUCUGGGCAAGAGGGAAUGGUAGCAUUUUUAGAACUGGUGAAUUUCAGAUAAAGAUGUGGAUUCAACAGACUUGAACAUAAGCUCACAUGUGGGACAGGAGGUAAAAAUGGAGGAUUAAGCUAACCUUUAAGUUUCUGACCUGAAAUAGUAGGUAGGUAAUGGGACAUUUUGCUGAGGUUGGAAGUAUUUAGAAACUAUGGGAGGAACAGGAUUUAUGGUGUGUAUGUGUGUGUGUAUACAAAUCGAAGAAUUACUCUUUUUUCAGAAAAUUUAUUUUAAGGUUGAAUGACUUACUGAGACAUCCAAAAGGAGCUCAGAAAUAGUCUGGAUUGGAGAUCAAAAAAUAGUCAUGAACAUAUAUACUGUGAUCUCUCCACUUUGGCACAACAUAUUGACAUUUUGGGCAGGAUAUUCUUUGUGGUGGGGUGGGCUGUCCUGUGCAUUUUAAGUGUUUAGCAUCCCCAGCCUCUACCCAUUAGAUGCCACUAGUAUGCCCUCCUACAGUUCUGACAACUAAAAAUGUCUCCAGACCUUGCCAUAUGUCUGUUGGUGGGCACAUUGCCCUGGUUUAGAACCGUGGAUAGAAAUGGUAGUAAAGGCUGGAUUGACUGAGACUACCCAAGGAAGAAUAUAGAGCAGAGGUCUACUGGCCAGCGGGCUACGAGGAUUAUUGUAGAUAAGUUCUUUUUGACCUCACAGUACUUGACAGCUUCUGAAAUUAAUCACCAGUAUUUAAAAAUUGUGAGGUUUCAUGUAAAGUCUGGAUUUUUUCCCUCUCCUGAAAUCAAAACAUCAAGAAACUGAGAAACAGUGAAUCUUCCUUCCCAGGUUCUUGAUCCUCCACGAUGGGUGAGCCACAGCAAGUGAGUGCCCUUCCGCCACCUCCAAUGCAGUACAUCAAGGAGUAUACAGAUGAAAAUAUUCAGGAGGGCCUGGCUCCCAAGCCUCCACCUCCAAUAAAAGACAGCUAUAUGAUGUUUGGCAACCAGUUCCAAUGUGAUGACCUUAUCAUCCGUCCUUUAGAAAGUCAGGGCAUCGAACGGCUUCAUCCUAUGCAGUUUGAUCAUAAGAAGGAACUGAGAAAACUCAAUAUGUCUAUCCUUAUUAAUUUCCUAGACCUCUUAGAUAUCUUGAUAAGAAGCCCUGGGAGUAUAAAACGGGAAGAGAAGUUAGAAGAUCUUAAGCUGCUUUUUGUACAUGUGCAUCAUCUCAUAAAUGAAUACCGACCCCACCAAGCAAGAGAGACCUUGAGAGUCAUGAUGGAGGUGCAGAAACGUCAGCGCCUUGAAACAGCUGAGAGAUUUCAAAAGCAUCUGGAACGAGUCAUUGAGAUGAUUCAAAAUUGCUUGGCUGCUUUGCCUGAUGAUUUGCCCCAUUCAGAAGCAGGGAUGAGAGUAAAAACUGAGUCAAUGGAUCCUGAUGACAGCAACAAUUGUACUGGACAGAAUGGACAGCAAAGGGACAAUUCAGGUCAUAGGAGAGACCAGAUUAUAGAGAAGGAUGCUGCCUUGUGUGUCCUCAUUGAUGAAAUGAAUGAAAGACCAUGAAGGAAAUUUUUCUUUUCUUUUUUCCUUUCAGCAGAAAGAAUCAUAUUUUAGUUAAUUUGCUCUUGGAGAGUCAUAAAAGAGAUAGAACUAGAAGUCAUGUAAACAGCUUGAUGCUCCAUCUUUAUCAAUUACGAGAUGUUACAGGCAGUGAUUUUACUGCAUGGCAAGUGUCGGCAAAUGGGUUUGCUGGCAUUAGACAAGACCGUGUGCUGCUGUUGUGUGGGACAUACCUGUUUUUGGAGUUGCAGUAGAUGUUGAAGCUAUCCUCAGUAAUCGCAGGCUUUAAUCCUUGAAAGUAUAUUUGUCAUUUUCUUUAAGAAUGAUAGAUAAAUAAAGGAUAUCAAGCUGUAUAAAUGUGAAAUUA